AUGAGUUAUAGUUGCUCUUAUCUUAAUGGAAUGAUUUUUGUCUCUGAUUGUGAACCAGCAAAAGAAAAUAUUGAGAACCCAGUAAAGUGCGGUAGUUUUCCUUCUGCUAUGCUCACACCUCACAUUAUGGGGGAGCUGGCAAGUCAGAAACAUGUUCAGUUCAUUGUAUCAGUCGAAAAGAAGAAGGAUUCUUUUGAGUCAGUGGUGAUGGAGCAUAUAAGAAUGAAUGGGGCAUACUGGGGUUUGACUGCUCUUGAUCUUCUUGGGAAGCUGCACGUCGUGGAUGUCGGGGAGGUUGUUUCCUGGGUCCUCCAGUGCCGACAUGACUCAGGUGGGUUUGGUGGUAACAUUGGGCAUGACCCACAUGUACUAUAUACCUUAAGUGCUGUGCAGGUUUUGGCCUUGUUCGACAAGCUUGAUGUUCUGGAUAUUGAAAAGGUUGCAAGUUAUGUGGCGGGGCUGCAGAAUGAAGAUGGAUCAUUUUCAGGGGACAUGUGGGGUGAAAUUGAUACACGGUUUUCUUAUAUUGCUAUCUCUUGUCUCUCAUUACUACAUCGUUUGGAUAAAAUCAACGUGGAGAAGGCCGUGAACUACAUUUUAAGUUGUAAGAAUCAUGAUGGCGGAUUUGGAUGCACACCUGGUGCAGAGUCUCAUGCAGGUCAAAUUUUCUGUUGUGUGGGUGCUCUUGCCAUCACGGGGUCACUACAUCAUAUUGACAAGGACCUUCUUGGAUGGUGGCUAUGUGAGCGGCAAGAUAACAAAACUGGAGGUCUUAAUGGUCGACCAGAGAAACUUCCUGAUGUCUGCUACUCAUGGUGGGCUCUUUCUAGUUUGAUCAUGAUUGACAGAGUUCAUUGGAUCAAUAAAGACAAGCUUAUCAAGUUCAUUUUAGACUGCCAGGACAUUGAAAAUGGAGGAAUUUCUGACAGACCAGAUGAUGCUGUUGAUGUUUACCACACUUACUUUGGUGUAGCUGGACUCUCCCUUCUGGAAUAUCCAGGGUUGAAAGCCAUGGAUCCAGCAUACGCUUUGCCGGUUGAUGUUGUAAAUAGGAUUAUUUUAGGCAGAUAA